UGCUUCUCCCUACUUCACUCUUGCAAGUAAGCCCUUUUUGAUUUUUGAUUUUUAAUUUUUUUUGUGGGGUUUUUUUUGGGUGGUUUUGUUUGGUUUGAAUUGGGGGGUUUGGGAUUUUGGGUACUGUUUGGUUGGUGGGAAAAUUGAGGGAAAAAAAGAAGUCAAAUUGAAUACAGCUGCAGCAUUGGAAGGUGAGGAGAGAUUUCCUUCUUUAUUUUAUUUUUUGGGAGGGGGGUUUUUUUGUUUCUGUUUUCUUGGAUUUUUGGAUGUUUUUGUAUGAUUUGAAUUGUGGGGAAUUUGGAUACUGGGUACUGUUUGGUUGGUGAGAAAAUUGGAACUUUUUGGCUGGUGGGAAAGUUGAGCUAAAGUCACAGCUAUGCAUUGGAAAACAAAGUGAGAUUAUUUAUUUUUUCUUUUUUAAAACUUCAUGGACUUUGGGUGUUUUUCUUUGGUUUGAAUUGUGGGGAUGGGAUUGCACACUGUUUGGUCGGCGUGAAAGUCGGGGAGGAGAAAUUCAGACUCGAUAUAGCGACAAGACUGGGAAGUGAAGAAGGAUUUUUCAUUUUUUUUAUUUUUAUUUUUAAAGAGAACUUUUGGGGUUUUUUUUUUCCUGUUGGAUUGAAUAGUGGGGAUUUGGGAUUGGACGCUAUUUGAUUGAUGAGAAAGUUGAACUUAGCUAAAGCAUUGAAUGCGAAUUGCGAAGUAAUAUUCUCUUUUGUUUAGAUUUUUGGAUUUCUUUUUAAUUUGAAUUAUGGGGAUUUGUGGUUACCCUCUGUUUGGACGCCACGAAGGUUGAGGAAAAGAAAAGGUUAAACUCAGUGCAGGGUAAUUUAUGAUUGGUCACUGUCACUGUUUGAUUGGUGAGAAAGUUGAGGAAAAGAGAAAGGGCACCAAAAUGUUGGGAGUGAGGGCUGGUGUAUGCAUUUUUGCUCUGUCCUAUUGUUGCUUCGUGCUCCUUGCAGUUGCGGAAACUACUAGUCCUUCUGAAGUCACUGCACUGCGAGCUGUCAAGAAAAGGUUAAUUGAUCCUAUGAAGAAUAUUAGAAAUUGGGGAAAGGGAGAUCCAUGUACGUCCAAGUGGAAAGGCAUUAUUUGUAAAGAUAAAAACACAACAGAUGGAUACUUGCAUGUUAAUGCGCUCCUGCUGCUGAAAAUGAAUCUAUCUGGAACUUUAGCACCUGAACUUGGCCAACUAUCUCAUCUUGAAAUUAUAGAUUUCUUGUGGAAUGACUUAAGUGGCAGUAUACCAAAGGAGAUAGGAAACAUUGCACCUCUGAGACUCUUGCUCUUGAGUGGAAACAGAUUGUCGGGCUCUUUACCUGAUGAGCUUGGUUAUCUUUUACAUUUAGAUAGACUCCAAAUAGAUGAGAAUCACAUAUCAGGACCAGUUCCAAAAUCAUUUGCAAACUUGAGCAGAAUUAAACAUCUCCACAUGAACAAUAACUCACUCAGUGGUCGAAUUCCUUCUGAGCUUUCCAAUGCAUCAACUCUUCGUCACUUGCUUUUCGACAAUAAUAACUUGUCUGGGAAUCUUCCACCAGAAUUGUCACACCUCCCAGAACUGCGCAUACUUCAACUUGAUAACAACAACUUCAGUGGAGCUGAAAUUCCAAUUUCUUAUGGGAACCUGUCCAAUUUGGUAAAAUUAAGUCUUAGAAAUUGCAGCUUGCAGGGAGCUGUCCCUGAUUUCAGCAAGAUAGCGAACCUAAGCUAUUUAGAUCUUAGCUUGAACCAGCUUACUGGACCCAUUCCAUCAAAUAAACUUUCAGACAAUAUGACAACUAUUGAUCUUUCAGGCAACCAUCUCAAUGGGUCUAUCCAGGAAAGUUUCUCAGAUCUUCCUCGGCUACAGAAACUGUUACUUGAGAAUAAUUUAUUGAGUGGUUCUGUGCCCACUGGCAUUUGGCAGAACAGAUCCUUAAGUACAUCAGCUAAACUUACAGUUGAUCUCCAGAACAAUUCAUUCUCGAACAUCACAGGUGAUCUAAAUCCCCCAGCAAAUGUCACCCUAUGGCUCCAGGGCAAUCCUAUAUGCAGUAAUGCAAACAUAGUAAACAUUCACCUAUUCUGUGGAUCUGAAUCUGGAGGGGAAGAGAAUCCUGAAAGUUCAACAAAUUCAACAGAUAAUUGUCGUAUUCAAGAAUGUCUCACAGACGAUUUCUUUGAAUAUGUUCCAGCAUCCCCUAUCCCGUGCUUUUGUGCUUCACCUCUUCGAGUAGGAUAUCGGCUGAAAAGUCCUAGCUUCUCUUAUUUCAUUCCAUAUGAAUCUCCAUUUGAAAAGUAUGUAACCAGUGUCCUCAACAUGGAGCUGUAUCAAUUACACAUUGAUUCAUUUUUCUGGGAAGAAGGGCCUCGUCUGAGGAUGCAUUUUAAGCUUUUUCCAACAUACAAUAAUCACACAUUCAAUACAAGUGAGGUUCUGCGAAUUAGAGGCAUCUUUGCAUCAUGGGACUUUCCUAGCAAUGACUUUUUUGGACCAUAUGAGCUUCUCAGCUUCCCUCUCCUGGGACCUUAUUCAGGCAUUGAUUCUGCGACUCAUGGAAAAAGUCUUAGCAUGGGUAUAUGGGUUGCAAUUUUAUUAGGAGCCAUUGCCUGCGCCAUUGCAAUUUCGAUAACUGUUACACUUCUUAUUGUAAGAAGACAUUCUAAAUACCAGAAUACUGUGUCAAGAAGGCGCUUGUCCUCAACAAUUUCUAUGAAAAUUGAUGGUGUGAGAGACUUCACUUAUAGAGAAAUGGCUCUAGCUACUGACAAUUUCAAUGACUCAACUCAAGUUGGUCAAGGAGGUUAUGGAAGAGUUUAUAAGGGAAUUUUAUACGACAACACAGUUGUGGCAAUAAAACGAGCACAGGAAGGAUCCUUACAGGGUCAAAAGGAAUUCUUGACUGAGAUUCAGUUGUUGUCAAGGUUGCAUCACAGGAACCUAGUUUCCUUGAUUGGAUACUGUGCCGAAGAAGGGGAACAGAUGUUGGUUUACGAGUUCAUGCCCAAUGGAACCUUGCGGGACUGGCUUUCUGCUAAAUCUAAAACCCUGAUAUUCAGUACGAGGUUACGCAUUGCACUUGGUUCAGCCAAGGGCAUUCUUUACCUCCAUACUGAAGCGCAGCCUCCCAUAUUCCACCGAGAUAUCAAAGCCAGCAACAUACUUCUGGAUUCUAAGUUUACACCUAAAGUUGCUGAUUUUGGACUCUCACGGCUUGCACCAGACCUAGAAGAUGAAGGGGCUGUGCCUAAUCAUGUAUCCACCAUUGUGAAGGGAACACCGGGUUACCUCGACCCAGAAUACUUCUUGACCCGUAAGUUGACAGAUAAAAGUGAUGUGUAUAGCCUUGGAGUUGUAUUUCUGGAGAUCUUAACGGGUAUGCAGCCAAUAUCGCAUGGCAAAAACAUUGUCCGUGAGGUGAAUAUGUCUCAUCAGCUGGGCAUGGUGUUCUCCAUCAUAGACAACAAAAUGGGUUCCUACCCUUCUGAAUGUGUCGAGAGGUUCUUAGCUUUAGCUCUUAGGUGUUGCCAUGACAAGCCAGAGGAUCGGCCAUCUAUGUUAGACGUGGUAAGGGAGCUGGAAAACAUACUGCGAAUGAUGCCUGAAAUCGAAACCCAGUCCUCAGAAUCUGCAUCACAUUCUGGGAAGUUGCUGUCGCUGCCCUCUUCAUCCUAUGUGAGCAGGGACUUAUAUUCAAUAUCAAAUGCGUCAGGAAGUGAUCUUGUCAGCGGUGUCAUUCCCACCAUUGCACCUCGAUAACACCUUAAACCCUUCUGCUCUACUUUCUGUUUGUCUGUUAACUUCUCAUGUACAGUUUGUGGAAUGUGAAGUGGGCUUUCAUUCCUGAUUUUGCUGCUGUGAAUGGAGUACAGUUUGCCCAAGUCUUGUGAACAAAGUUUUGGUUGGAGUAUCUUCACAAUCUCCUUGUAAACCCGACUUGUUUCAGUCUGGUGAUGGAUGUAUGCUACAUUUUCAGGCUUUGCAUACCAUAUGUGAAAUGUAGAAGAGUACAUUUAAGAUUUUUGUUGUGAGGCGUUUUCAUAAAUUAUAAGCAAAUUCAAUGUUUGGGUGAUGCAUA